UUCAGAGUUGCUUUCACUCCGCCGUUUCCACACUAAACGGACGCAGCUCCACACCUGCUCAUUGCAGCCAUGUCUCGGAUUGGUUUUUGCCUCCUGCUCGCAGGGCUCGCCGGCUUUGCGUCGGCCGGUCCCGACUGCGACGUCAAGAAGGUGGAUGCCUGCGCCGCCGACUUGUUCAUCUUCGCUACCUCAGAGAAGGUUCCGACCACAUCGAGCGAGCUUGAGAGAUUCUGCAGCAAGCAACACAAAUCGGAGGCCUGCGCCCGCGACUACUUGAAGCGCUGCACGGACAGCAUCGCGCAGGGCGUCGGCAGCAUCUUCCUGGACGACAUCAAGGCCGAGAUCGAGGGGCGCUGCGACCAAGCCUCCACCUACCACGAGGACUUUCUCAAGCACGCUCCGUGCCUGAACAAGGCUGGCUCCGCAUUCCACAAGUGUUUCCGCGCCCUCACCGCUGACCUCGAUCUGGCGUCGAAGCUUCCCAACAAGCAGAGGAUUGGCGGAGCUUGCUGCAAGUUCAACGUGUUCGAAGAGUGCGCUCACAAGGCCGUCCAGGCCCAGUGCGACGAAGAGGUGAUCGAGUUCGCCAAGGGAAUCGUCGAGAAGUACGCCGGCGAGCUGCUCGGAACGGUGUGCACCGCCUACCGGUCCGGCAACAAGUGCAAGAGCAUCGACUUCGGCUCGGCGCCCGGCGACAAGAACAUCCGCGCCGUCCUGACGCCCCUCAUCAAGGUGUCCGCUGCCCUGGGCUAAAACGCGGCGCCGCACGGGACGGAGAGACAUUUGUACAAAUCGCGAUGUGCAAUGAGUGCUGCGGCGCGUACGCUCGGAACGCGUGGUGCGGAAACUGGCGGUUCGGUGUUUUUGGCGUGCUGCACUCAUCGAACCAGACACGAUACGCGCAUUACGAAGAAGAUUGGGGAAGAGUGAUUUAACGCGGUGGUGCAGUGGCAAUACCUGCAGAUCAGAUUGGCACGCGACGUUGGGGAAGAGUUGAAGAUGGCUCGACGUGGGGAGAAUGGGAAAGACUUUAUUGGCACGACAAGUGCUGUAUCGAGGCUUGAUGCGACAUUUGGCCGACGCGAAGAUGGCCUAGGUUGAAACGCUAACAGUUGAAGCACGCGCUGUUUUGCUAAACUAUACUCUAGCAAUUAAUAAGUGCCGAGAAGAAAUUAAGCUUCCUUAAGUGUGUAUUGAACAUUCGCGUUUUUCUUUUAAACUUAGGUCGCAGACUUCACUGCAGGACGUUUUUCAAAUGUUACCUCAACAGCUUGUGGUCAGCACCAUUUCACUAGAGGCUACGCAAACCUGAGCUUAAAGCACUUCAAUCUCUCCUGUGCCUGUAGUCCCUGGCGAGCUUUAUCGCUGCAAGCUCAAAACAAACGGACGUACCUGGAUGUCAGAUCACAGAUGUUCCCAGCGGAAACGAAAGCUUAUUGCCCCCAAUUCUUUCCCCCUAAGUACCAGGUGCUUGGUUGUGGUAGUCACGUUGUCUCCAGUGUUAAGCCACCACUGUCUUUUUGUCGUUUAACUAGCGCCCGUUCCGUCCCAUACGUUCCGAGCUUCGUAUUUGACUGUGCAAUAUACGUCUAUGUAGUGUCGCAAAUGUGUGACACGUGGUUCUGAUCGCCAGCGGGAAGUUACCUGUGCACUCGUAUGCCCAUGUGUGCCCCUGUGCGAUUUGUGAUACUUGUACAGAAAAAAAUAUAUAUACAUUCUUUCGUGCUGUUG